AUGGGAUUGACAGCAGAGAUAGAUGACAAGAAGCACUACUUGAUCUGGUCCAAAUCCAUAGCUGCGUUGUCGGUCAUAUCGGAAGCCGUCUAUUUCACAGUGACAAGGGACGCCAUCUCGCUUUCGGCCAUCAAUGUCAGUCGCACGUCCCAUGGCGAGGUUGUGUUUCGCAAAUCAUUCUUUAGCAAGCUUGAAGUUGAUUUUAAGAAUGUUAUUCUGGACGGGUAUAAUGGGCUGAAUGCGAAGAAUGAGCCGAGCUACUCCUUUUUGAUUAAUUCGAAACAUUUGACCACGGUGUUUCGGAAUUUGGACUCGAAUGGCAUGAAAUACAUCAUCUUACAAGUCAAUUGGCGGGCAGACGCGCCUCGUGCUGCAAAGUAUAAACUACGCAUCGAGAUUAAGAAUAAAAAGAUGAUUAUCAAGAAGUACCAAACGGGGUACAUUCCGAUUACGAGAAAAGAAAUCAACAUUGCCUCUGCUUAUAAGGACGAUUUCUGUACUCAGGUUGGUGGCAAGCUCAAUGAUAGGAACCGAGUUAGCCACAUCAUGAUAGACUUGGUGAUACCACGACAGUUUUUGGAAAUGGUCCCCACGUUGGCUGAGAAUUUCAAAAUAGACAUCAAGAAUGAAAAAGUGCUGUUUGGGGGCUACACAAAGCUGGUUAUGAAGGACCGGGAUUACAUCAAACAGCCAAUGGCCGUGACGGUAACAAUCAGUCUUGAUGAGCUCGCAGAUAGCAAUUUGCUUCCAACUGGUGAAGGUGAAGGUGAUGAUGAACAACAACAGCAACAAGAGCCGAUGAGGAAAACGAUCAAUUUCGGGAUGCGGGAUUUCCGGAACUUUUUAAACUUGGUGAGUUUUUUCACUUCCUCAUCGGCAACUUUUUUCGUUGAACAGUUUGAUGACGACGUUGCCAACUUGGGGAACCCCAAUGAAUACUUUCACAUGUACUUUCGCGAAGCGGGCGACCCCAUCUUGUUUGAUUUCCAAAGCAGCCAACACGUUGAGGUUCAGUUUAUACAAAUCACCGCGGGAGAUAAAACAGUGAUGGAUGGAGAAGAAAUCGAAGCUACGAAAUUCAAGAGUAAAUUGGCCCUUGAGGCACCGACUGUUCACCGAAUCGAACCAAGCGAAGAGGAACAAGCAGGUGCUAACGAGCUUGAACCUCACACAGGUCAAGAACAAGAUCUUAAUAUCGGAAACAAUUCUCGCUCGGCCUCCGCUUCACCGCAGUCGAUGCGACCGUUUGCAUUUGGACGACUUCGAAAUGACAGACUGCAAAACCUCCCCAAAGCUACGUUAGCUAGUCGCCUCGAUAGUGCAAAUGACAGCAUGUCUAACCUGGACCAACGCGACGAGAUCAUCACGUAUGACCAGAAUCAGCACAACAACAACCUAGCUGGGGAAGAUACAGAAUAUAGCGACUCGGAAGAAGAUAUAAGCAUGCCUCCCCUCAAGAGAAAACUAGUUGAACCUGAAGAGUAUGGUCCUACCCAGGUUGAUAAGGCCAAAUCCAUCUUUUGA